CUUUCAUCGUAAGCUACUCAGGUUACUCUCCGUCUCGGGGUGCUCUGAACGUGCUGCGCGCAUAUCUUUGCGCGCAUGUCAGGGCUGAGAGAAACCCGCAGCACCUGAACGCGGUAAUGCGCGCGUAGGGAAGACGGAGAUUCACAUUCUAAUCCGUCAAAAGAAUCCCACUUCGGUCCCCGCAUAACGCCGACAUCGUUUGCUUUUCUGGGAGUGUGCCAAUCCAAAAGCGUCAACAGAAAUGGCAAACACCAAUGUUGCAUAUCCAGUGCUUGGCGUGUAUCUGAUCCUCAUCCUCGGCGCCGGUUUCAUCGGUGCUGUAAUGAACUUCCGCAGAGGAGCUCUUGGUCAUCAGGACCAGGUCCGCGAGCAUUUCCUUGCGGGCAAAGGACUGGGGGGUUUUGUAUGGUUUUGGACUAUGAUGGCGACACUUUUCUCGGGCUACUCGGUCUCCGGCAUCGUGAACGAGGCCUACCGACAGGGCUGGAUGGUGACGAAAUGGAUUCCGGGGGGUGUGGGACUCUACAUUGCCUUCGCUGUCAUGGCCCCGCGCCUACAUGCCCUGUCAAAGCGGAGGGGCUACUUCACCAUCUCUCAGGUCAUUUACGACCGCUACCUGCCGCCCAGUGGCUCCCACGUCCUUGUGGCGCACGCGUUGUCGCUGCUGUCGUUUGCCUGCCUGCAGCUUCCAGUAUUUACGUAUCUGAUCACUCAAUUCAAGUCGCUGGGCGUGGAAGUCAGCACCUUCACAGGGCGGGAGAUCAGCCCCACGGUGGCAAUCAAUGUGGCAGCUGCGGUGCUGCUGCUAUGCGACCUUUUCGGCGGCAUGCGGGCCGUUGCGUUUACGGAUGUUAUUCAGGGCGUUGUGCUGUUUUUCGGCUCCAUCAUCUUCUUGAUUAUUCAGCAAACGGAGCUGGGUGGCAUGCCCGCAGCUCAGGAUGUAUGGGGCUACGCUAAGCCAACCAAGGCUACUGCACGCUUCUGGUACAUGCAACAUGUACCAAACAAGGUCGACAUUGUCAGCUACUUUGACUUUGUCUUCAAGACCACCGUGGCCGCAACCAUGUUCCCCCACCUCACAGCGCGUCUCUUCGCCGCGCGAAGCAGCAAAGUCAUUCGCCAUGGCAUGGCGUGCAUGGUCUUUACCUUCUUCGUGGUUCAAUUUUCCAGUAUGAUCACGGGCUGGGUCGCAAGCGCAGCCAUCCCCAGCUUGGCCGUGGGUCAGAGCGCCUUUGGAAAGCUGCUCCAGGUCGUUGCACGACGUGGCAGCGGCCAGGCCUUUGCAGCGGCUAUGCUGCUGGCUUCUGCGAUUUGCGCGAUGAUGUCGACGGCUGAUAGCGCCCUGCUGGCAUUCAGUCAAAUGUGGGUGCGCGACAUAUACACCCGAUAUUUAAGGCCGCACGCAGGACAGAUCGAGCAGCUGAUUUUUGCCAAGGUGGUGGCGAUUAUUGGGCUGGCGAUUGGCGUCACGUUAGGGAACUACUCUGCGGAGAGGAAUAAACCGGAUUUGUCCGGACUGUUUGCGCUGCAGAACGUGACGCCCAUUCAUGUAACUCCAGCGGUUUGGCUGGGCCUGCACUGGCGAGGAUUACGAGCGGAGGCUGUUCUGACGGGUUUCGUCUGCGGUCUUGGCGUGACCCUAGGCCUGGUGUUUUCGGACCGCAACAUCCAGAGAGCCAACGGGUCGGACAUGACUGUCGUGGGCAUUUCCUCGGCCUGGUUUGGAUUUGUCGUCAACAUCGGCAUCACCAUCAUCCUGGGCGUGCUCAUGCAGCACUUCCCGCGCCUGUUCGGCCUGCAGCCGCUGCCCCCGCCUCCGCCGCCCGAGCAAGUGGAGGAGGUCGGAGAGCACGAGGAUGGCUGCGAGUUCGCCUCGGUUGGCACUUCCUCGGGAGAGAUGGCCAAGGAGGGUCUGGAGGUGCCGGCGGCGGCCAGCGGCGGCCGCUUUGGCGGCGGUGCCGCAGCCAUGAUCGCCGCCGCCGCGGCCCGGUCCCCAUCAGUUGUUUUCAGUCGUUUCGUCCCACGACACUUGGAGAUUGGUGUUCAUCGCGAUCGCACGUUGAAUCCGUUGCUGUUUACGCUUAUGGGUCUUGUAUUGCUUUUUACGGUGCCGUUUUACCGGGUGCCCAUGUCUUGGGACGGCUACGUGGGCCACAUUGGCUCAUGGGCUUUCACUUCGUUGCUGCUGUCAGGUAUUUUGGCAAUCCUGGGUGCUCUCACCUUUUUGUUUGUUUGGGAGGAUUAUAAGCCGGUAAAGGAGGCCGUACUGCCGCCGUCGUAUAGCCUGCCUCCUCCUAUGGAAGAUUGGACGGGGGUUGGCCAGAAAGUCAUGGCGUGUAGGUACUUGGUGUGGAUGGAACUCUUGGAUGGAGGCUUGUAGUAGUUUGCCGUUUAAAAUUUUGAAGAUUUGAAGUUCUGUAAUCGUCGGGUAGGCCAGUUGAUGCGUGAUGUGGCUAUGUAAACAGCCAGACGUGGCUACUGGUAAGGAAACCUGUUGCCUAAGUCUUAGGCUUUCGAUUGUGCUUUUUCGUAAGUGACUCGUCCGCUGGGUGACAAAAUUGGUGAAGUUGACUGUUGAAAGCAUGUUUUGGUGUAGCUUCGCGGCUUACGAGGCAUGCCAGCGAGAGGAUCGGCGACGCUUGACAGUGCUUUUGAUCAACACGGCGCGGAGGUGCUAUCUGGAUACAACGAACUUUUGCAGUCAGUUGUUUGAAUGUGUGAUUUUGGCGGGUUGUGCUACGCUUCUUUGAUUAAUGCUUCCUGCGAUGAAGGUCUAAAUUGCAAUUUUUAGAAUUAUAAGCAGUGAGCUUUUA